AUGCUCCCACAAGUCAUUCGGAUUUUGUAUGUCUUGUCUUUUUGCGUCUUCCAAGGAGGCUUCAUCAGAUUGAGCUCCUGUAAGGAGGAGACAAAGCCCCCCGGCCGGGCCGAACCACAGCUUUCACCUUCUGACUUCCUGGACAAGCUCAUGGGGAGAACGUCAGGAUACGAUGCACGCAUCAGACCCAACUUCAAAGGCCCUCCUGUGAAUGUCACCUGCAAUAUUUUUAUCAACAGCUUUGGGUCUAUUACAGAAACUACCAUGGACUACAGACUCAACGUGUUUCUACGGCAAAAUUGGAACGACCCUCGAUUGGCGUACAGCGAAUACCCAGACAACUCCCUGGACCUGGAUCCUUCCAUGCUGGACUCGAUCUGGAAACCUGAUCUGUUCUUCGCAAAUGAGAAGGGAGCCAAUUUCCAUGAGGUCACGACCGAUAAUAAGCUGCUGCGGAUUUUCCACGAUGGCAGCGUUCUUUACAGCAUCAGGUUGACUCUAAUCCUGUCCUGCCCUAUGGACUUGAAAAAUUUCCCAAUGGACAUUCAGACCUGCACCAUGCAGCUUGAAAGCUUCGGUUACACCAUGAAUGACCUGAUCUUUGAGUGGCUGUCUGACAACCCUGUUCAAGUGGCUGAUGAUCUCACACUCCCACAGUUUGUGCUGAAAGAAGAAAAGGACUUGGGUUACUGCACUAAGCACUACAACACAGGUAAAUUCACCUGCAUUGAGGUGAAGUUCCACCUGGAACGGCAGAUGGGUUACUACUUGAUCCAGAUGUACAUCCCUUCGCUCCUCAUCGUUAUUCUGUCCUGGGUGUCCUUUUGGAUAAACAUGGACGCUGCGCCGGCCAGAGUUGGUCUGGGUAUCACCACAGUGCUGACGAUGACCACGCAGAGCUCUGGUUCUAGAGCUUCUCUGCCGAAGGUGUCCUAUGUGAAGGCCAUUGACAUAUGGAUGGCAGUGUGCCUUCUGUUUGUGUUUGCCGCCUUGCUGGAGUAUGCAGCCGUCAACUUUGUCUCGAGGCAACACAAGGAGUUCAUCAGGCUGAGGAAAAAGCAACGGCAGCAGAGAAUAGAGGAGGAACUCAUGCGGGAGAGCCGAGGAUUUUACUUCCGUGGUUAUGGACUCGGUCACUACCUGCAAGCCAAAGACGGGACCGCCGUGGAAGGGCCCACAGUGUUCUCCCGUUUGCCCCCAGUCACUAUAUACGACGGUGAAGUCCUUCACAAGCGUUUCGUUGACCGGGCCAAACGGAUCGACACCAUAUCCAGAGCCGUCUUUCCCUUGAGCUUUCUCAUAUUCAACAUCUUCUACUGGGUCACCUACAAAGUGCUGCGACACGAGGACAUCCAUGCAAACUUGUAAAAUGCUUUCUGCUGACAUUAUGUUAAUGUUUUUUUCUCAGAACCAAAACUGCCUGUUUGACCCAUUACAGUGAGUAAAAAAAAAAAAAA